AUGCGCUUAGUUGGGCUCCUUCUUGCAGUGCUGGGAGGAACGCCGGCAUUUUGCAAGCCGUACGAGGCCUUUGGUGCUUCCAAUCAGUAUCCUCCCGUUGCUUCUGCUGGCACACAAUUUUCAUUUCAGCUAUCCAACGACACUUUCAAGUCUACCGUCGAUGACGGUGUUCAAAUUCAAUAUGAAGCGUUCGAACUACCAUCGUGGCUCGAGUUCGACUCACAAUCGCGCGUUCUUUCGGGAACGCCAUCGGAGUCGGAUGUGAGUAACAACUCCCAGAGCACGCAAAUUUCUUAUACUCUACAAGGUACUGAUCCUUCCGAUCAGUCUAGCCUCAACAAGACGUAUCAACUGGUGCUUUCCAGCGAAAAUCAGCCAGAGGUCUCGUCGAGCUUCAAUUUGCUCAGCUUGCUGAAAAAUAGUGGGUAUACCAAUGGAAAGAAUGCGUUAAAGCUUGCACCAGGUCAGGUUUUCAACAUUACUUUCGAUAGAGAUACGUUCGAAAAUUCAGACGCAGCUACAAAAUAUUACGGGCGGUCCGCCAUGUAUCAUGCGCCAUUGCCUCCGUGGGUCUUUUUCGAUGAAGCAAAUUUGAAGUUCAGCGGGACUGCACCAGUGGUAAAUUCUGAAAUAGCGCCCGAGUUUUCUUAUUCCUUCUCACUGCUGGCUUCUAGUAUUGAAGACUAUACUUCGGCAGAGGUAAACUUUGAUAUAGUGGUGGGAGGUCACCAAUUUACGACCUCUAUUCAAAACACUAUAGCGGUCAACGUUUCAUCAUCCGGAUCCUUCAACUAUCCUUUACCAAUGAGCUACGUUUAUCUCGACAACACUCCCGUUUCUUCUGCGAACAUUAGCUCAACGGCGCUGCUGGGCAGCAAUGACUGGGCUUCUGUGUCAAACGCAACACUGUCAGGUACUUUACCGAAAGGAAAGAGUAGUCAAAAUUUGACCGUUGCCAUUUAUGACACCUUCGGCGAUUCCAUUUACUUGAACUUUUUAGUCGAGUCUACUCACCAGCUAUUUGCAGUAUCGUCACUACCUAAUGUCAACGCGACACAGGGCGAAUGGUUUCAAAGCCAGCUUCUGCCUUCACAGUUCACUGACUACGACAAUACAAACGUAUCUUUGAAUUUUGGGAACACCUCACAGUCAACCUCUUGGCUAUCAUAUCGUGACAGUAAUAUGACUCUGUCGGGUUUAGUUCCAGACAAUUUUGAAGGGUUGGCCGUUGAGGUGGUCGCCAAACAAGAUCAACAGUCGCAGAAGCUAUCUUUCAAAUUAGCAGCGGUCCAUGCCAAGCAUACUUCAUCUUCUGCGUCCGGUACUUCGUCGUCUCUUUCUACAGCAACAGCGACUUCAUCUGGGACGUCCAGCAGUGCACAAUCAAUCUCUCCAGGCGCAACAUCUUCUACUUCGCCAGGUCUAUCAUCCAAAGUGAGCUCCAAAAAGAAUCACACAACGGCAAUUGCAUGCGGUGUGGCUAUUCCUCUCGCCGUAAUUCUCGCCCUCUUAAUUUUGUUCCUUCUUUUCUGGAGACGGAGAAAGAACAAAAGUGCAGCAGCAGCAGACAGAGAAAAAUCACCACAAAUCAGCAAUCCAAAACUUGGAAAUCCAGCAAAUGACCCUGCAUUUUAUGGUGGACCAUCGCCAUUCGAUGACGAGAGUUCACUCGAAGACACCUCUUCGGCAAGAAGACUCGCCGCUUUGAAUGCUAUUAAUUUGGAUGAACAAGCAAGCUCUGGAUCUGACGCUUCCACGCUGGAUGAAAAAGCCGCGUCCAGCGCCACCAACUCGUCUGCAGCUGACCUUUAUCACGAUGCCAUGCAGGUUGGAAGUACAGAUGCUCUUUUGGGUGUACAGGAAAACGACCAGUACUUCGACUCUAAUAAGCAUUCGUCGUCUGUUUAUCUCAACAGUGAGCCCACAAACCGCAAGUCUUGGAGAUUUUCAACGAGAACAACGGAACCGCAACCUAAUGUUCGGGAAAGCUACAAUUCUUUGAACACAGUCAGCACAUCCGAACUUCUCAACACACAUAUUGCAAGUGACAAAACGCUGCCGAAGGACCCACGAAAGUCAUCUUUAGGACUUCGAGACUCUGUAUUUUUCGGGGCGGGCGGAACGAGCACCGACAAGAAGACAGCAAUGCAUUCAGACAGUCCACAGAAAUCUACUAAUGCGUUAAGAAAUCAGCUAUCGGGAGACCGAGUGCUGCCUAAUUUAGAGGAAUCACCUCAUGACCGAGACUCAUCAGCUUCUCAUUUGACGAGUAGCAGCUCAGAUGAUAUAAUACCUGUCAAGCAAGGCGAUAACUACAAGUGGGUCGAACGUGAUGAAAGCGGGACCGAAGCACCACAUAGGAAAAGAAGUGUCAAGAGACUGGUUAACCUUCCAAACAGAAGCGGUGUGAACGUCUGGGACGCAAAUGACAUUGAGGGACACGUUCCAGAGCUGGACAUCUCGAUCGAGUCAAACAUUUAA